AUGAUCGCCGAGACUGGCUCUAUUGAACUAUCAACGUCUCCAGGUCGACCUCGUAUUAUUCGAACAAAAAAUACGAUUAAAAAAGUUAAAAACCGUUUAAAGUGGAAGAAACGCGUCAAGACUCGAAAACUGAUCAGUGAACUUAAAAUUUCAAGAAGAAGUGUGCAGAGAAUUUUGAAAAAUGAUUUAGGAUUAAUGUCGUACAAGAAAAGAAUCGAGCCACUACUCACAGACACUCAAAAAGCUAAACGAAUCACGUUCGCAAAUUGGGUUCGCCACAAUUUUUCGAAAGAACAAUCUUUGAGAAUUCUUUUUUCUGACGAGAAAAUGUUUGAUCUCAGUGGUAUGUACAACUGUCAAAACGAUCAAGUCUGGGCUGUGAAUCGUGCCGAAGCUGAUAAGAAUGGCGGCGUUAAACAAAACCAGCAAUUUCCACAAAAAGUCAUGGCUUGGUUAAGCGUUUGUUCAGAAGACGUAACUCCUUUGGUUAUUUUGGAUAAUGGCACAGUAAAUCAUCAACGAUAUAUCGAUGAAGUACUUCCUGUGGCUCUAAAGUAUGGAAAUAACGCGUUUGGGGAUGUUUGGACGUUCCAGCAAGACGGUGCCAAGCCUCAUAUUCACCAACUUUCUCAAAAAUGGUGCAAUGAUCAUUUUCCUGGACUUAUUACAAAGAUCACUGGCCCCCGAAUUCUCCCGACUUGA